CAGUAACUUCCUGCGAAAGGCUUUUGCAGGAUAUCCGCGUCUGGGUACCAGCCAGUCGCGACCGUUAAAGAGCCGUCCGUGCUGCCGGGAGACGCUUGCUUAUCAUUGCAUUAUCCCCUCAAUCCCUUUCCAUUCGAAGACGAGAACGGUUUUUGUUUGCAAUCUUUUCAUAAUCGCAAUCGACAGAUACCGCUGAUUAUUUCGUCAAGCAUAGCAUGUAGAUCGUAUGGAUCGUGCAAAUGGAGUGUUCUUAUAUCUAGAAGAGUCGGCCCUCAUUCGUGAUGAAAAUGGGCAUUGAAGAACGUGGUUUAUUUGAAACCUAACUUAGAUUUUCAGAAGAUUGUGGUUUCCCUUGGACUCAUUUGGAAGAAGAAAUAGAAACCUGGGAAUAACUAGUGAAUAAGGGAGUUUGCGAAGAUUGGGACUAUUAGCAUUCCUUGGCUUCCCCCUGAUUGCUUAUGAGAUACUGAAAUCGAGAAAAUAAAUUGGGGGUUAUCUUUCAUUGAAUUUUGAUUCCUAGUGGAGGAUCUUCAAGAAAGCCUCUUGCAGCAUUCGGGUUUCCUCUCUUCAUUUGUUGGGUCUGUACUUGCAAGUUAGAAUCAUGUCUGUGACUGCAGGUGUUAACGAUACUGUAAUCGCAAUUAGGGAUAAGCUUAGAGGGAAGAUUGGACAGACCAAGGUAAAAAGGUAUUGGCCUGGUAAAGCCCCUGAAUGGGCAGAUGAAAUUGAAGAAGAUGGAGAUAUUAGAACAGCUCGAGCUGUUGCGCUUGAGAAAGCUUUUCCUAGCAAGGAUGAUUUGGAUGUUGAAGCAAAGGAUGACCCCAGGUUGCGUCGUCUGGCUGAGAGUAAGAUAGACAAUAAAGAAGAAGUGAGGGCUGACCAUCGGCGUAUCCGGCAAGCUGAGAUUGUUUCGACUAUAGAGGAGGAAACCAGGAGGCAAGAAAGGUUGGAUUUUGAGGAGGAGGAUGAGGAUGCAUUGGAGGAAAGGAGGAGAAGAAUCAGGGAGAAAUUGCUUCAGAAGCAGCAGGAAGAAGCUGCACUUCUUCCGGAAGAAGAGGAGGAGGAGAUAGAGGAAGAGGAAGAGGAGGAAUCUGAGUAUGAAACUGAUUCUGAAGAAGAACAAUCGGGUAUUGCAAUGAUAAAGCCUGUCUUUGUCCCUAAGUCAGAGCGGGAUACCAUAGCUGAGCGUGAGCGGCUUGAAGCGGAAGAAAGGGCACUUGAGGAGUUGGUAAAGAGGAGGUUGGAAUUGAGGAAGGUGGAAACAAAACAGAUUGUUGUUGAGGAGAUACGGAAGGAUGAAGAGAUCCAAAAGAAUUUGGACGUGGAGGCCAAUAAUGCUGAUGUUGAGACGGAUGACGAGGUUAAUGAAGCAGAGGAGUAUGAGGCUUGGAAGGCUAGAGAAAUUGCAAGGAUCAAGAGGGAUAGAGAAGACCGAGAGGCUAUGCUGAAGGAGAAGGAAGAGAUCGAUAAGGUGAGAACCAUGACGGAGGAAGAGCGUAGGGAAUGGGAGAGGAAGAAUCCGAAGCCCCUUCCUCCACCCAAGCAGAAGUGGAGGUUUAUGCAGAAGUAUUACCACAAGGGUGCCUUCUUCCAAUCAGAUGUGGAUGAUCAUGUGGCAACGGCCAGUUCAAACGAGAUCUACAAGCGUGACUUCUCUGCUCCUACUGGUGAAGAUAAGAUGGACAAAACUAUACUGCCCAAGGUCAUGCAAGUCAAGCACUUUGGGCGGAGUGGAAGGACUAAGUGGACCCAUCUUGUAAACGAGGAUACGACCGAUUGGAACAAUCCGUGGACCUACAAUGAUCCUCUUCGAGCGAAAUAUAAUGCUAAAAUGGUCGGCAUGAAUGCACAAAUAACUAAGCCAAAAGGGAGCAAGAAGCUGAAGGAUUGGGAGUCCCAUUAAUUUGUUAUUUGAAUCUACGCGACUUGAAGCGUGAAAAUCUACUUCACCCUAGGACUUCAAAGAGAAAUGCCAUUUGGAUUGUGGUUGUAUAGACAGUGGAUCUGUUUGCUCCAUAUGUAUGUGGGAAAAUGCUUGUCUGAAGCAGGUGGCGUGUCAUUUAGCCCAUUUCACUUCCAGUCUCCAUUUCCAUUAGAGUAGCAAGUCUCCUUUUCCAUUGGAGUUCUAUGCAUUUCUGGUAUUUCAUCAGAUUUCAGUCUAAAGAAUAUCCAGGCACAUUAAUGGGA